AGGCGGCGGCGUUGUUGUCGUCUCUUUCUCCCCGAUGGCUGCCGCGUUCCUGGUGGCGCUGUACGAGUACUCGCCGCUCUUCUACAUCUCCGUCGUCUUCAUCUGCUUCCUGGUCACCAGCGGCCUGGUCAUGGGCUGGUUUGGGUGGGACGUUCCCGUGAUUCUGAGAAAUUCAGACGAAGCUGAAUCGACUGUGAAAGUGUCCCAGAAACAGAUGCGGCAGGUGAAAAACCCAUUCAGCUUGGAAAUAAAAAACCUGGAAGCGGCUUCAGUUGCAAAUGGCAUAACGCUGGUGCCCGAUUGCCUGGAAGACUGCCUCCUUACCUGCUACUGGGGUUGCAGCGUGCAGAAGAUCCACGAAGCUCUGCAGAAACAUGCUUAUUGCUUUCGAAUAAAAACUCCGCAGGCCUUUGAGGAUGCAGUGUACAACGAGUAUCUCUACCGCCAGCAGUAUUGCAUCGAGACAUCUGACAAAGCGGGGAAGCACUGCCAGGUACCCGAAGAGGCACAAAUCAUUGACUUUGGCCCCGUGCCCAGAUCUCGGUACCCGCUAGUUGCACUGCUAACGCUAGCGGAUGAAGGCAACAGAGAAAUAUAUGACAUUAUUUCUAUGGUGUCUAUAAUUCACGUUACUGAUGACAGUUAUAGGCUUUCCUGUCGAAUACUGUAUCAGUAUCUCCUCAUGGCCCAAGGUCAAUUUCACGAUCUAAAGCAACUUUUCAUGUCUGCCAACAGCGGCGCCUCAUCUCUAAGCAGCCCUCCCUCGGUUGGCCGGACAGAGGAUCACGCCCUCCUCGAGAAAGCCGGGCUGGCUGAGGACGAGGCGGAGCUGCCAGAUGAAAACAGCAAGGACUGCAUCGUCUGCCAGAACAGGGCUGUCAACUGGGUCCUCCUCCCUUGCCGGCACACCUGCCUGUGCGACGAAUGCGUGAAGUAUUUCAAGCAGUGCCCAAUGUGCCGGCAGUUUGUUGGGGAGUCCUUUCCCCUGUGCGGCCAAAGAGAGUGAAGAACUGGGGGGGG